AUGCGCAUGGGCGUGGGCAUGCGCAUGGGCGUGGGCAUGCGCAUGGGCGUGGGCAUGCGCAUGGGCGUGGGCAUGCGCAUGGGCGUGGGCAUGCGCAUGGGCGUGGGCAUGCGCAUGGGCGUGGGCAUGCGCAUGGGCGUGGGCAUGCGCAUGGGCGUGGGCAUGCACAUGGGCGUGGGCAUGCGCAUGGGCGUGGGCAUGCGCAUGGGCGUGGGCAUGCGCAUGGGCGUGGGCAUGCGCAUGGGCGUGGGCAUGCGCAUGGGCGUGGGCAUGCGCAUGGGCGUGGGCAUGCGCAUGGGCGUGGGCAUGCGCAUGGGCGUGGGCAUGCGCAUGGGCGUGGGCAUGCGCAUGGGCGUGGGCAUGCGCAUGGGCGUGGGCAUGCGCAUGGGCGUGGGCAUGCGCAUGGGCGUGGGCAUGCGCAUGGGCGUGGGCAUGCGCAUGGGCGUGGGCAUGCGCAUGGGCGUGGGCAUGCGCAUGGGCGUGGGCAUGCGCAUGGGCGUGGGCAUGCGCAUGGGCGUGGGCAUGCACAUGGGCGUGGGCAUGCGCAUGGGCGUGGGCAUGCGCAUGGGCGUGGGCAUGCGCAUGGGCGUGGGCAUGCGCAUGGGCGUGGGCAUGCGCAUGGGCGUGGGCAUGCGCAUGGGCGUGGGCAUGCGCAUGGGCGUGGGCAUGCGCAUGGGCGUGGGCAUGCGCAUGGGCGUGGGCAUGCGCAUGGGCGUGGGCAUGCGCAUGGGCGUGGGCAUGCGCAUGGGCGUGGGCAUGCGCAUGGGCGUGGGCAUGCGCAUGGGCGUGGGCAUGCGCAUGGGCGUGGGCAUGCGCAUGGGCGUGGGCAUGCGCAUGGGCGUGGGCAUGCGCAUGGGCGUGGGCAUGCGCAUGGGCGUGGGCAUGCGCAUGGGCGUGGGCAUGCGCAUGGGCGUGGGCAUGCGCAUGGGCGUGGGCAUGCGCAUGGGCGUGGGCAUGCGCAUGGGCGUGGGCAUGCGCAUGGGCGUGGGCAUGCGCAUGGGCGUGGGCAUGCACAUGGGCGUGGGCAUGCGCAUGGGCGUGGGCAUGCGCAUGGGCGUGGGCAUGCGCAUGGGCGUGGGCAUGCGCAUGGGCGUGGGCAUGCGCAUGGGCGUGGGCAUGCGCAUGGGCGUGGGCAUGCGCAUGGGCGUGGGCAUGCGCAUGGGCGUGGGCAUGCGCAUGGGCGUGGGCAUGCGCAUGGGCGUGGGCAUGCGCAUGGGCGUGGGCAUGCGCAUGGGCGUGGGCAUGCGCAUGGGCGUGGGCAUGCGCAUGGGCGUGGGCAUGCGCAUGGGCGUGGGCAUGCGCAUGGGCGUGGGCAUGCGCAUGGGCGUGGGCAUGCGCAUGGGCGUGGGCAUGCGCAUGGGCGUGGGCAUGCGCAUGGGCGUGGGCAUGCGCAUGGGCGUGGGCAUGCGCAUGGGCGUGGGCAUGCGCAUGGGCGUGGGCAUGCGCAUGGGCGUGGGCAUGCGCAUGGGCGUGGGCAUGCGCAUGGGCGUGGGCAUGCGCAUGGGCGUGGGCAUGCGCAUGGGCGUGGGCAUGCGCAUGGGCGUGGGCAUGGGCGUGGGCAUGCGCAUGCGCAUGGGCAUGGGCGUGGGCAUGCGCAUGCGCAUGGGCAUGGGCGUGGGCAUGCGCAUGCGCAUGGGCAUGGGCGUGGGCGUGGGCAUGCGCAUGGGACGAACAGAAGCACUCAUGUGUCUAGUCUUUGAAGCCUUGAAGCACCUCAAGUUCGAAAACAGCCGCUCGUAUUCCUGCUUCUUCCCCUGCUGCCACCCCCCAUCCCCCCUCUCGCCCAUCAGCCCCUCCCGCUCCCCUUCCUCCCCUUCUUCCGCGCGAUCCCCUCUCCAUCUCCACAUCCCGCCCCCGCCCCCUCUCUUCCCCGUUCCCUCUUUCUCCCGUUCCCCAUCCCUCCCGCUAUUGGCACCCGAUGGGGCACUGGCGGAGUGCAGUGCGGCUGUGAGGCUCGGCGCGCAGCUUUCGAGGCUCGGCGUGUCAUUACGCGCUCCCGCGGCCAUGGAGGCGGCGGCGCUGCUGCAGAGCGUGGAAGCGGCGUGCAACGACCUGCAGGUUCCCGAGAGGAGGGCAGCUGCGGAGGCAACGCUGCUGGAGCUGAGGAAAUCGCCCCAUGCAUUGCAAGCCUGCACUCACAUACUCGACAACUCGGGCAAUGCAGUGGCAUGCUUCCAGGCAGCAGCCACGCUGCAGCAGGUGGUGCUGCGCGACUGGCCCCGCAUCCCCACCGCCGACCACACCUCGCUGCACCGGUACUGCUUGGACCACAUAGUGAAGCGGGCCAUAGCGAGGGAGGAGGCGCAGGGGCAGGCUGGGGGAGGAGCAGGGGGAGCGGGAGGGGGUGGGGGAGGCGAUGCGUUUGUGGAGCAGAAGAUGGUGGCUGUGCUGGCAGUGCUCGUUAAGAGAGCCUGGAUGGAUGUGGACGACACCUACACGACCGAUCUCUUCUCCUCCUUGAGAGAGCUGGCGUCAGGGUCAAGAGGCCCUGCCGUGCAGCGAGCUGCGUUCUCUCUGCUCGACGCCCUUGUGAGUGAGUUCAACCCGGCCAGUGCAACGCCGCUGGCCUUGCCCUCUGACUUCCACAACCGCUGCCGCAUCGCCUUCCAGCGCCACUUCCUCAUGGCAGUGCUGAUGGUGUGUGUGGACGCAGUAGCAGCGCACAUGGCAGCAGUCAAGGCACAGGUUGAGGCCACUCAGGGGCACGCGCAGGGGCAAGGGCAGGUGCAGGCGCAGGGAGGAGCGGUGGUGUGGGCGGGCAGCAGUCAGGCAGUGGUGGCAGCGGCGCUGAAUGUGCUCAUCGCGGUGCUCUCCUGGGACUUCACUGGCAGCAGUGUGCGUGCAUCAAGAAGCAAGGCCAGUGACGAUGCCUCUCUCUCCACUGCUCGCUCCUCCUCUGAUAUGCACACCGUGCAGCCGCCUGCUGAGUGGCUGCCGUUGCUGCUAUCACCGGAGCUGCUAUCUCUGCUGGCGUCCGUGUACGCAGCGCUGCCACACACGUGUGCGCCGGGGCACGACUGGCGCGAGGGACCCCUGGCAGAGCGCACCAGACAGCUGGCCGUGCUGCUCUGCUCCCUGCAUGGCCCCGCCCUCACUGCUGCUGACCCAUCCCUGGUGAGCAUGCACGUGGGUCGCCUGCUCUCCCUGCUGCUGCAGUGGCUCUCCCCCCUGCCCGCCACUGUCGCUGCUGUUGCUCAGGCGCACAUCUCAGACAGGGAGCUCCUGGACUUGUGUAGGGCACUGGCGGCGCUCAUUCGCUUGCAUCCACUGCUCGCCACCACCCCCGCACCGUCCGCACACGGCAACGCCAAUGGCUCUGCCAAUGGCCCGUCCUGUCCCCCCACGCUGCUGGGGCUGUUGGGCGAGCUGACCUGUGCAGUGCUAGCGCACGGAGCAGCCAGUGACGACGACACUCUAGACGGCCCCAUGCCCCGUGCCCUAGACAUGCUGCUCGACACCUGGCUCGCCUUCCUCCUCACUCUAGAGUCACGCAUCUCUUGCCACGUCAUCUCACAGCCAGCUUCGGCACCACACCAGCAAGCAGCAGCAGCGGCAGCAGCAGCGGAGUGGUCGCAGCUUAUGCAUGCGGUGGCGCCCGUCGCAGCACAGGCCUUCCGCUCCUUCACCCAACACCACCUGCAAGCGGCGGCAGCAUCAGCAUUGGAGGAGGAGGAUGCGGAGGACAACAUGGAAGCCGCCCUGCAAGCUCUUGAGCAGCGCAUGGCAGCAGCAGCAUCGCUAGCGCGCGCAUCCCUGCCCGCCUCCCUGCCACUGCUCAACGACCUGCUCUCGCACCAGAAGGCACUGCUGCUCAAGGCAGCAGACGCGGCAGCGGCAGCAGCAGGGGGCGGAGCAGGGGGGGCGGAGGGCGAGGUGGAGAGGGUGAUGGAGCAGGUGCAGUGGACAGUGCGCAUGGUGGGAUACGUGCUUGCAGAUGAAGGCACUGGGGAGACGCCUGAGCUACCUGUGUUCCUUGUGUACGAGCUCAACUCACACCACGCCCAGUCGUUGACAGCGCUCGCCACCUCCCUGCCCAUGAGCAUACUGGAAGUGGCAACGCUAGUGCUCAACCCGUCUGCUGUUGCCACGGUGCUGAGCCCUCGACUCAUGGAGUCGCUCCUCUGGUUCUUCGCCCGCUGGUCGCUCACCUACCUCCUGCCACAGCCCCCCGACGCCAACCCCUCUCCCUUCGACUCUGACUCCGACCCACCACCUCUCUCCCCCGCCCCACCCGCUGCCUCUGCCUACUCCUCCCUCGCAUCAGCGGCAGCAGGGGGCGCGCUAGAGCAGGCGUUUGGAGCGGGGGAGGGGCAGGGGGGUCUAGCGGUGCUGGAGGGGGUGCUGAGGGCGGGAGUGGUGGCGCUGAAUGUGUGGCCUGGGGAGCCGGAUGUGCAGCGCAGUGUGUGCCGCACGCUGCUGCUGGCCGUGACACGGCACCCGUACAUGGCUGCUUUCCUCAGACACCUGCCCCCAUGGGCGAUGCUAGAGGAGGCCUUUAAGGCACGGGAUUCCGCUGUAGCAUCCCUCCCCGGCCCUCUGCAGCGUGCCUUGGCGCAUGCGCUGUGCCGAGCAGCCAGCAGCAGCAAGGAGGGUCACUCCUGCCAUCAGGUGGUGCAGCAGCUGCUGCAGCCACUAUUGGCAUCACUGCAUGCCAUCACUUCCGCUCCUGACUUUGCUGCUACGGCACACCGCCCUCAAGUCAUGUUCCAGGUGAUAGGGGUGUUGGAGUGCAUGAGGGGGUGUGCCAGUGCCACCCUGCCGCACUCACAGCGAGUGCUGUUCCAGUUCGGCCUGUCAGCAGGCACGCCCAUCCUCACUGCCCUCUCCGCCUACCGACACGAGCCGCAGGUGGUGUACGUGGUGCUCAAGUUCAUGGCGGUGUGGGUGGACUCGCAGAUCCUCUUCCUCACACCUGACGACACGGCCCAGCUCUUCCACCUCUGCUUGCAGCUGCUCGAGGCAUACGCCGCGCACAACAUGGGCAAGGUGUCGCUGCAGCGGUCGCGGCAGUUGAGUGAGGGCGUGCAGGAGAGCAAGUACAAGGACCUUAAGGCGCUGCUGCAGCUGCUCUCCUCCCUCACCUCCAAAGACCUCCUUGACUUUGGAGCGUCACUCCCGGGCCAGUCAGCGGACAUCGCACAGAUGGUGUGUCUGGGUGUGAACAUCAUCAUUCCGCUCAUCUCCCUCGACCUGCUUCAAUUCCCCAAGCUCUGCCUCCAGUACUUCACGCUGUUGGAGCACAUGUGCUGUGUGCACCCAGACAAGGUGCUGUCCCUGCCUGACUCCGCCUUCCACCCCAUCAUGCACACGCUCGAGUUCGGCCUGCAGCACCAGGACGAGGAGAUUCUGGUGCUCUCCCUCUCAUCCGUCUCCGCCCUUGCAUCACCCACCUCCUCCUCUUCCUCCUCCUCCUCCGCCGCCUCCUCAUUGGCGCCAGAGCAUGUGCAGCGCCAUCAGGCCCUGGCUGCUCACCUGCUGCGCCUUGUGCUCCAACUCGUGCUGCUGCAGCCCCUCAGGAACGAGACAGUUGAAGCAGCAGCAGAUGCGCUCCUCCCUCUCAUCCUCUCCUGCCCUCAGCUCACCCAGACCAUUCUAUCGGAGGCAGUGUCAUCGCAUGUGGACCCUGCAGGCCAAUUACACCUCUCCUCUGCGGUCUCAACAUUUCUCGCUGCUGCGUCAGCAGCAGCAGCGGCGAGUGCAUCAGCCACCUCUGCUGCCGCUGCCCGCCCUGUGCGCCGCCGGUUCCGCACCGCCCUCGCUGCCUUCAUAGCUGAUGUGCAGGGGCUCAUUGUGCGCCGCUGA